AAGCAGCUCUAGAUUUGUUACUUGGGUAGUGUAAGGCGGUAAUGACGGCCGCUAGUAGCGGCGACCCUGGAGGGUCAAGGGAACAAUGGCCAAGGUUAGGAAAUUCAACGCGUGAAUUUGGUUCACUGUCAUACCUUCUGUUAACCAGUAAGGAUACAGAAAAACCUUUAAAGUCGGAUCCUUUCAUUGUUGGAAAGUCGGUAGAAGAUGCUGCAGGAGGGUCAAUUGAAGGAGCAUCGACAGAAGCUCAAGGAACUCGAUACACGCUCAGAGUAAGAAAUCAAGUCCAGGUUAAUAAGCUACUUAAGUUGUCCACUCUUUUGGAUGGUACUGAGGUAGUCGUUCAGCUGCAUCCCAACUUGAAUGUGAGCCGUUGCGUUAUUUCGUGCUUUGAGGCGAUCCGCAUGGAGGAGAAGGACGUCCUACUUGGUCUCAUUAGCCAGGGGGUCAUCCGAGUCCAGCGAAUCACUCGCAAAGAGCACGGUAAACCAGUCAACACGUCAGCCCUGAUCCUUACGUUUAACAGGAGCAACUUCCCGUCGCAUGUUAAAAUUGGUGUCCUCCGUGUCGCUACCCGUCCGUACUACCCUAAUCCUCUCUUGUGCUAUGGUUGUGUCCGAUACGGCCAUCCCCGUGUCCGAUGUCCUGGUCCGAAACGUUGCCUUAACUGUUCUGCCGAUCAUGAACUGGCGGAGGAUGAACAGUGUGCAGCAGCUGCCCACUGCAUCAAUUGUGGUGGACCUCAUCGUCCGAACAACCGUCAAUGCCCGGUUUAUAAGAAGGAAGUGGAAGUGAUCCGUCUAAAAGUGGAUCAUAAUCUGACGUACCCUGAAGCACGCAAGCGAGUCGAAACAGGGACAGGAAGUUACGCCGCAGCUGCAGCCCAGCAGACUGCCGACCGGAAAAAAUUGGAGGAACUGGAGAAGAAAAUGGAGGAGAAAGACGCCCAAAUUGCUCAACUUCUUGAAGUGAUGAAGAAGAAGGACGAAAAGAUCGACAAAUUAUUGGGACACAUUAAACUGAUUCGAACACCGCAAGUUCAACAAACCCCGCUAGCUCAGCCGAGUAAACCGAUCCAUCCUUCUGAAAGUCAAUCGAACCAAGCAAUCGAUUCGAACCUGCAUUCUCAACUCAUGAGAAAAUCCGGAGAAUCGCAGAUAGGCACACCGUCGAUGCAUCUCAGAAGUAGAUCGCCAGCGACAACGGAAUCUAAACACAACAAGAAGAAGAAAAGGCAUGACAGGAGCAACAACACCUCACCCGGCCGACAAAGCCCACCGCUGAAGAAGCCCGUUGAAAAAACACCGACAUCCGACCAGGAAACGAUAAGCGUCGACGAGGAUGAGAUCGAAGAGACGCCCCCUAGUCAGCAUCUUCGAUAAGAUUCAUUCCUCCAAACGUUUACCGACCAGCAAUACUUACCGGACAAGCGAAACGGACAACGACAUCGAUCGACUUGAAGGGAGGGAAAGUGUAGUACCCCCUUCACUCUCACAGGAGAGAGCGCAGCAGGCUGGAGGAUCCAUCCGGGACGUCUUACCCCAACCCGUUGAUGGAGAAUCCCCCUCUGCGGUCGAUUAUGAAACAUUAGAGCAACAUACCACUUACCUACCUACCAUAAUACCACCUCGAUAUCACUCGCUUACAUCCAAUACACCCA